AUGUCUGAAGGACAAGAUCGUUGCUACAUUUGCCUUGGAACAGGGGAUGAGCGUCCACCUUUGGCUCGUCCAUCAGACUCUUCAAAGUUGGUACAGAUGUGUCAAUGUUCAUUAAGAGCCCAUGCUAGAUGCUUAACAGAUUGGGCUUCAGAUCUUGAGUACAGAGCAAGAGAUGACCCCCAGCUAGACAAUAAUGGCGGUGCUAUGGCUAGUCCAGCUGAUGGGUUCCGUCUAGGUGUGCCGGUUGCUGUUAUAAAAGAUGGUGCGUUCAAAAAACACCAUAUUAUGAAGACUAGAGUCAAGUGCCCCCAAUGUGGAGUUUAUCUAUUCAUUGACAUCAAACCUUCGAGAUUAUUGAGUUUACAUAAUCUGAUUAAGGGUGUGUCUAGGGAAAUCACCAAGACUGGGUUAAUGGCCGUUGUUGGUUCUUCUAUUGCAUGCUCACUAGCAAUCUCAGUUGUUGGAAUAUUUGUGUCUGGUGGGUUACAAUUGUUCCUAUCUAUUGCUCCUGAAAGUGUUUUGACAAAGUUACUUGAUUUCAAGUCAGGUCGUAUAAAUGUUGCUUUAAGUAAUGAAGAAGUGGGCUCAAGACAGUUAUUUUUACUAGGUUCAUUCCCUAUCUUUUUAUACGGCUUGAGAUCUGAAAAUGCCUAUUUGGAUUUGUUUUCUAGUGUUUAUCCUACAUUCUUUUUCCCAAAUCUAGUUAAAGGUUUCUCAAAUUCAGGGCCAAAAAUUUUCCUACUAUUUUCUGAACCAUUAAAGAGAAUAUACUCUUUAUUCUACACAAUGACAUUUAACAGAUUAUAUUACAGUUGGACUAAGCUAGUGAAGCCAAUUUAUUUAGCCGAUAGACUGUCCUUAGAAGAACUAGAAACUUUUGAAAGGGAGAGCCAGGACAAGAUCACAUUAAAAGAAAAUUCAAAAUCUCAAAACAUUUUCCAGAGAUUGUAUAGCUGUCUUUUCGGUACAUCAGAUGAGGAGAGGGCUGCUAUACGUAAACGUUUAUGGACAGAAACUAAGGCAAUUUUCUCAAGAGAUUAUAGCACAGUUUUCCACAAAAGAUCAAGAUUUAUGAGCAUAUUAACCACAAUUUUAUGGCCAAUUUUGGGAGCCAAACUAGGUAAAUUACUUCUUAAAGUGGUCAAAAUUAAUACUUUUUGUAAUAAGUAUUCUUCAACUCCGGAUGAGGCUACAUAUAUUGCAAAUUUAAUGGGGAGUGUUUUGUUGGUAUUGGUGAAGGACCUUUUCAAUCUAUACAUUGCAUGGCUCAACGUGAAGCAGUUGCUUGAAGUGUCAGUUGUCAGAGCUAGCUUUGGUCCUGAAGAUCCAAGCAAUGAAUGGGCACAAGGUUCUGUUAUGUUUCCUUUCAGGGGUUAG